GUUUCCAAAGCAUCUUUCUCCUAGGACUUGCACCUGCUGCUAAACCAGGUCAGUCCCUUGUUUCUGUUUUCUAUAAGCACACCAAUCUCGCUUUUGGGGCUAAUGCCAUCUUCAGUAGAUGGGUGUGGAUUAGUUAUCUCCCUCCCAAAGUGCAAUUCUUUGGCUGGCUUGCUUGGAGAUAUAAGGUCAAAACAUUGGUUUUCUUGCAACAUCUUGGUAUUUUGGGCAGAGAUUCUUCUACCCUGUGCACUUUCUGGAAAUCCCAGCAAGAAUCAAUAGAUCAUGUGCUGAUUUUCUGCCCCAUGGUAUGGAGAGUUUGGUCAGAGCUUCUACAAUGGUGGGGGGUAGUUUGGGUGGUCCCUGGUUCCAUACAAGGGCUGUUCCAGUGGUGGGCUGGGCAUAGCUGCAGAAAUGAAGCUAGGAGGAUUUGGAGUGCUAUUCCUCUGGUGACUUUGUGGUCAUUGUGGAAACAUAAAAAUGAAUGUAUCUUCCAAGGCACACAACCACAGCUUCAGGAUCUUCAUGAACUCAUCGUCACCAGACUAGCCUUCUGGUUUAAAGCUGCAUCCAAAAGUUCUGAUCUUCACAGUCCUUGCAGAGACCUUGGCUCAGUUCUGAUCUGCACAAGGGUUGGAGUUGGAAGGCUUCAGUUGGUUCUGUUUUGA